AUGAUUCCUCCUACUUGGAAUGAAUUUCUUAAAUUUAUUAGUGAUUUUUAAGAUAAUGAACUUGAUAAACCUCUACUUAGUCAAUAUAUAAGGAUACCUAAUAAAUGUAUGACAUCGUUUUAAAUAAUAUAAUAUUUCAGCUCAGAUUUUCAAAAAUCAAAGAUUAAAAGAAAAUGCAAAUGGGGAGACACAGAAAAAUAUUUCUUGAUAUGGUGCGUCUCAAAAUUGAUAGUCAAGCUUUAGAUAAAAUUUCAUGAAGUUUACUAGUGUAAAAUUUUUGAGACGCUCUCAAUUAUCUUGGGUCUCCCAGAAGAAUUUUUAUUGACAAAAUGGUUGGGUUUGCUGAAUUAUAAACUUAAAGAAUAGCCUUGGUAACCCGAAGAAGAUGACCUACUUAUUAAAUUAAGAUAGUAAUACUCCAAAUCAAAGGACUGGUUAAUAAUUGCGCUGGAAUUUAUAAAAAGAAGUUAAACUGUAAGGUAUCCAAAAUAGAUUCGCGAGAGAUUUAAUAAUGUUAUCAAUCCAAACAUAAAUAAAAAUGAAUUCAAUUAAGAUGAAAUACUAUUUAUCUUUCAAUAAGCUUAGAAUAAGAAAAAAAAUUGGGCAGGAAUUUCAAAAAGUAUGCCUCACCGAACUGAUAAUUAGAUCAAAAAUGUUUAUAACUCUAUAAUUAGAAAAAUUUCAAAUGAAAUCAGAAUGAAGAACAAUGAUAACAAGGUUGAUGAAUAAUUUAUUGUAAAUCUAAUCAUCCAAAAAAAAAAUUACGAUCCAAAGUUUAUAUCAUAGUUUUAUGGGGAAGGAGGAAGAAAAAAACCGUGUAUUAAAAUUGAGCCUAACUCAGAUAACUCUUAUACUUCUGAACCUUAAAUUUAAGGAAUUCCAAUCUAAAUGGUCUGUCCGUAUAUUAAUUAUUCACCAUACCAAUUCCAAAAUAUAUAUUGUUGCAUCCCCUAAUUAUAUCUUUUACCCCAUUAGAAGCCUAAUGCAACUUGA